CUGUCCCGCGGUGCAUGCUGGGAGGUGCAGUGCAGGGCGGACUUCACUUCCUCUUGAUUCACCAGGAAGAAAAGUUGAGUGUGUGGAGAGAAGUUAGUGUGUGUGAGUGUGUGUGUGUGUUUCCUCAGGAGGUGAAACUGAAUCUGAUUAAACAAUGUCUUCCUCUAGCGUCCCCAACAGGCCGAUCUCAGCAAUAGCCUGGGCCUCCAACAGCUCCACAUGCCCCUCCCACUUUUUCAUGAUUCCUUCUACUGAAGAUGGAGCUGUUGCCAACUUCACCCGGGGCUUCGGUCUGAAAUCUGGAUACUUUCUCUGUUUCAGCAAGGAUCUGUCAGGGGGAAUGGUGGUGUCUGAUGUUCAGGUGAUCUCUGAGAAGGAAGUGAUUCCUCACGCUUACUGCUACAUCCCUGAGUUCAUGGAGUCCAAAUCCACUGUGUGGAAGAAGAAGCGUGUGUGUGUGCGUAUCGUUCCUGUGGACAGCGUAACAACCGCCGUCCUGGACAUCCGAGUGACAACCAAGAGCAAGAUGAUGCUUCCGCAGUACACCUGCCUGGGGGACAUUCAGGGCUACGUGCUGUGGUGUCUGAAAGGCCCGUUCUCGUCUCCGGUUCCUCAGGUGAAGCCUCGCAGUCUGAGCAUCGACAUGCGGCAGCUCUCGCUGGAAGCAGCCACGCCGCUGCCUCUCAGACCCAACAACCAGCCAUCUCAAGCCCCACCCAGGGUCAGUCGUCGCCGUAGCAACCUGGACCGUGUAGAGACUCCUGAGAAGGUGUACGAUGGCAACAACAUUUAUGGUAUUACAGCGAUGGACGGAGUUCCUUUUGCUCUUCAUCCCAAAUUUGAAAGUCGAGCCGUCGAGAAGGUGUCCGUCGCUGCACUGGAUAAUAUUCGUAUUAAAUCUCUCCAGGACAUAGAGAACGAGUAUAACUACACGUUCACGGUGGAAGAACAGGUGACCACGAGACCCCGCUCCUAGGUGACAUCACUCUUAAACUCCGCCCACCGAUUUCACUUGACUCCACCUUUUUAUUUAUUUUCAUUAAAAUCAAACGUUAAGCAAACUUUCUCCUAAGCGACCAACGUUGCUAAUGAUGACCAAAGUCUGUUACCGUGUGCUAAUCAGUGUGCUAAUCAGUGUGCUAAUCAGUGUGCUAAUCAGUGCGCUAAUCAGUGCGCUAAUCAGUGCGCUAAUCAGUGCGCUAAUCAGUGCGCUAAUCAGUCCUCAUUAACACUCAGUAAUGCAACAUGAAUGUGUGAACUAGUUAUGCUAAUCACCCAGUGAAUUAAUUAUGCUCAUGUUAAGUGUUUAUCAGAAGAUUUCCUCAGACAGAGUGAUGGUUUUAUUCGCCAUGUUAGUAAAGUGAAGUGAAUUGUGGGAUUUCCGUCUCCAAGGAUGAAGAAAAACAGAGUUUUAAUGGUGCUUAAAAACGCUGCCUGUGCAGAUGCUGUUAAAGUGAACGCUAAAGUUUCCGAUAUUACGACGAGGCGCACUAUUACAUUAACAUAUUACAUAUUACUCAUUACAUUAUAUUUUAGAACCAACUACAGGCCCGUUGAGUUUUGGGGUGUUUUCAGGAUCCGUCCUGCAAAUGGUCAUUUUUAAUCAUUUAUAUUGAAUAAAUGUCCAUUACAGUUGCCAGAUUGGCAAUUUCCAAUCCUACAGGUUUAUAUUUAACCACAUGAAUAUGGGAAAAAUCUUUAAGAGGAAAAAAAGAAGAUAUAUUUAAAUGAUCUAAUCACAACCCCACAGGACCAUGAUGCACUGAGGCUGCGAUGCAGUGUUUUUCAUAAUUCUAUAAAAAAUGAACGAAUAUUAGUUUCAUUAAUGAAGCAAAAGUCUGUUUAAUUAUCCGCUAAACUGUUAUUUGUGGUUGUUGAUUUAUGCAUUAAAGGCAUUUCAGUGUAACAGAGUAACACACAACCACCAGCUGGCCAAUCAGAAAUGAGUAUUUUAGCGUAUAGUAAAAUAAACUCUUACGUAGUAAUGAGGACAUUGAUGCUCGAUAUUGUUACGCGUGUUACGCACAUAGUGACUAAAUCAUUAACCUGACACUAAACAUUAAUUUUAAAUGAAAAAGCAGAGACGUAAACACUAAUAAAUCAGUUUAGCUGGCCAAAGUUAGCAAUGUUAGCGUCUAUUUCUGUAUAUCAGGGAUGUCCGGACGUCAUUCACAGUGACACUUAGUGCUGAAGUUGUAGCUGAAGGAAAAACUAAACGCACCCCGAGUUCAUGGAUUUUGCUGCCUGAUGUAACUUUUUGCUUUAAUAGAAAAUGCUGAUGGAGGGAUAUAAAGGUUUUGAUAUUAAUGUUCUCAUUUACAGUACUGUGCAAAAGUCUUGGCACCCCUCUUUUUUUUUUUUUUUUUUUUUUAGUAUAAACUUUGUUACUGAUGUUUAUUUUCUGACUUCUACAUUAUUGAUUCAGUACAAAACCAUUUUAGAUUCCAAACAUUAGUUUUCCAGCACAAAAUGAAAUGUUACAGAAAAAUGUUUGUAUGUCAGUAAAGAAAGCAGCAGAUUCCAUAAGAGACACUUUUCAGAUAAAAACAUAAUGAAGGCUGCUGGGUUUCGCUGCAGAAAUAAGAAGCGAGUCGACAGUCAAAGUCUCCAGAAGAACUGUGGCUGCUUCUGCAAGAUGCUCAGUAACACUUCCAGCUCAUUUCCUUAUAAAACUGCACACACUGCACCUCAGAUACUGCUUUAUUUAUUUAAAGUCAAGGAUCGUCACAUUAAAUACUGACUUUGUUUCAUUUAUUACUGUUUACUGCUCUUUAUAGGAUUUUUUUAAAUGUAGAAACAUUUAAUUUCAUUAUUUUCGAAGGCGUCUUUACUCUACAGGAUUUCUUUACAUGUGACUAAGACUUUUGCACAGAACUGUAAAUAUAUAAAUGUUUGCACUGCUGAGUGUAAAUAAGCAGAUCUGUUGCAGGUUUACUCUGAAAUAAUAAUAAUAAUAAUAAUAAUAAUAAUAAGUCUAGAAACAAACAGAAAGCUAAACACACCUCAUCUGGGUACAAAUCUGCAGCCAGAAUUCCUUUUCAUGACACUAUUUUUAUAAAGAAAUGAGGAGACGGAUAUAAUCCUAUAUCAUAUCUAGUGAUUUAAAAAAAAAAAGUGUGUAUCUUUCAUUUAUUUACUUUAUAUACUAUGAUACGUGAAGAAAGAAAUUGUAGAGCAAAUACAGAAAACAAAAAUAGAAGAUAAACUCUCUCUCUCUCUCUCUCUCUAUCUAUCUAUCUAUCUAUCUAUAUACAUAUAUAAUGUAUAUAAUCUAUAUAUAUAUAUAUACAUAUAUAAUGUGUGUGUGAGUUAAAUGUGUUUUAUUCUGCUUUAAAUAUUUUGCAGUAAAGGAGAAGAUGAUAUUUUUCUUUACCGUAUGGAGGAGGCUUUAAGAUUGGUAUCGUGCUAUAGAUUGGGAUUUCUAGUGUUGGGAUUGAAACCUGGUGAAAUCUAAAAGCAGUUCACAAAUAAAAAGGGUUGUUUUUUAAUCGAGGUUUUUGAAAAGCUCUGAUGUAUCUGAUGUUGAUGUUCUCAGCUGUACGUUUAGAUAAAGUCAGAUAAGAUCAUGUAUUAUUUAACACUGCAGUAAAGUGUGUUAUGAAGUCUGAUAGAUUAUUAAAACGUUGUGUGUGUGUGUGUGUGUGUGUGUGUGAGAUUAAGGCUACUUUAUUUGGGUUGUGGUUUAUAACUGCUUUUUUUAUUGAUUUAAACAUUUGUAUUUAUUUUACUGUUGUUGUUUUUUUUAAUAUUAAGACCAAACUUUAUGUUUCUGUCUGUGUUAAAUGUGCUUUUGUCCUUUUGGAAGGAGAUUUUUUGGAGAUUUUUCUGUUAGACUUUGUAAACUUCAAUCAUAAACUUAUGGAAUAAAAAGUAAAACGUGAA